AUGCCGCCGGCGAUCCUACUGCCCCUGUUCUUGUUAUUGAUUGACCCGUUUGUUGAAGCUUUCGACGUACCGUGCUCCCGUGAGUUCAUCGAGUUCCUACUGUUUAGCACUUGCUUUUUUAACUUUUUUACAUGAAGGUACUCAUAAGAAAAGUGAGAGAAUAAGGUUAAGUCUUGAAAAUAAAAAUAUAGACAGGAUUAACCGUCUUUUACUUUCUUUUUUUCAUUUUACUUCCAAUUGUUCGAAAAAAAAAAUGGAUCAAUAAUAGUUUUGUAACUUUCUGAGAAAGUUACCGAAGAUUUUGAUAAAAAAGGGAAGUGAAAUGCAAUUUUAAAAAAACUUCGAGAGAGAAAGCAGUCUUCCAUGUAAAAAAAAUAUUUUUUUCUCAAUUUUUUUAUGAUAAAAGCUAAGUUGAAAAAAAGACGUCAGUGAUUUCCUAAAGCUUAAUGAAGCUUCCAUGAAACACGUUCCUGCUGUAUGAGUCACGAUUUUCGCUUUUUUGUUUUUUUUCCCUGCUUAGUGUUAUAUAUUGAUUUUUGACGCUCUAUGAGAGAGAUUGAUUUUCAGAAAAGCUGAUCGGGAGUGAUUGCCUCUUCGACGAAGAAUGUUACGGCAUGAACUCGGUAUGCAGAAACGGCCGAUGUACAUGUCCGACCAACUUCGAAGAGUACGAUAUUGAUGAGAGGACAACGAUUUGUAGAUUGGGUGAGUCUUGCUUGGUAGAUCUCAGAAUGAAGGAAUUUUAAGCUCCUGCGAAAAUUGGAGAUUCAUGUCAAAGAGAUUGCAAGCCGCCGCUUCUUUGUCGUGAUGGGAAGUGCGAAUGCUGGGGUGGAAGUAUUGUGAAUGGAGAAUGUGUUGUUCGUGAGUUCCUCAAUGUUUCCUUAGGAUCAUCGAAAAUUUCGUGAUUGCUUCGUUUGUUCUGUAGAGGAUCGAGAUUUCCAACGUCUUGAUUUAUCUAUCUUUUUCAGUAUUUCAAUGAUCCUGAAUUGCCUGAGUUAGUGAGAUUUUGAAACUUUGAGAUUUCUUCCCUCAUAUUAUAAAUUUUUUGCAAGCUCAAAUUUUUAACAUCAUUCCUUGUUUGGUUUUUUUUGAGGUUCUGACAAACUUUCACGCAUCUCAUAUCUCAAAGUGAAAUGCGUUUUUUUGCAGAGAAAUUUUCAAUAGAAUACAGUUUCAAAUCAUUUUCAUUUUAACUUGCAACAUACUCAAAAAAUAAAUAAAUUUUGGAAAAGUUCUGAUGUUUCCCUUGAAAAACUUUGAAACUCAAUAAAAUUAAGCUUGCCCCGUCGGUCAGCAGCUCUAUGGAGUUGAGUGCACACGAGUUGCGCAUUACAUGCAGCCCUGCGAUAAAGACAGUCAGUAAGUUCACAAAUCCCAUUCUGUCAGUCCAUUCAUGACUACCUGCAGAUGUGUGGAUCCCUUCAACGCAUGCAUAGCUGGAACCUGCCAAUGUGCUCCUGGAACCACUAGAGACACUAUGAGGGGUUUUUGCUACGCAGGUUUGGUUUUUUUUUUCAAUUUGAUGAUGCUUCAAUUUUCUGUCAUAUUGAGAAAAGUUUAACGCUCUUUGAUUUCGAUAAGAACUAUGGCUAAAAACAAAAACUUGUGAACGAUUCUCAGUCGUGAUUAUCUAAUUUGUAGAGCACUGGAAUUUCUGAUUUUAUUUACGUUCCAGUUUUGGGUUUUCUCGAAACACAAAUAUCAUACGUUUUGUAUGAAAAAGCUUUGAUGAAGGUGUCACGUUUCAAAACCUUCAUCAAACUCAGCCCUUGCCUAAAAAUUGCCUUUCGAAAAAUUUAAUUAAUCUGACUUCGGAACUUUUUUCAGUUUGCCCUGACGGCAUGCAUCCUCGUCAAACUUGUCGACGACUCUUCAUUAACGACAUCGAUAUGCUGGAAAAUGCCGCCAACACGGAUAGCUGCCCUCUCGGUUAUCGUUGCGUAACCUAUGGAAGUCCUUACGUCGGUCACUGCUGUCGAUUGAGAUGCCCUUAUGGAGAGCCUGACCUGAGGUUGGAAAGACGAGCUUCAACUUUUUCGAAUCCAAAAGAUUCUAGUCAAUCAUGUGAUGCUGGAGCUUCUCCUGACGCAAAAUGCCGACCGCUGACGCAUUUCUGUCUAACAAUCAGUGAGCCGGGGUCAGUUAUCUUAUUGAAUUCAACAAAGUUAGAUAGAAGAUAUUAUUUCAUAUGGGUUUGGCACGGAUGUUUUUUAUAAUGAGAUUUUCUGGAAAUUACUAAAUAGGAGAAUGAUUUUGGUGGCUGCUCAGAGUUCAGCAAAAUAUUUCAGAAUUGUACCUUAACGGUCGUCAAAAUUUAGUAAGUUUUCCAACAAUGCAAAAGCAUUCAAAAGAAAUGACGUUUUUAGAGUAGGGUUGAACUUUCGAAGUUCUAUUCUACUCUGAAAAGUUUCAAAAAAAAAACAUAAUGACCGUUCCUGCCGAUUUCAUUUUUUAAGGCGUAUCAAUUGAUGUCAAAUUUUCCUUUCUUUUAAAGGCAUAGGGGCAGUAAAAAAUGGGGUUUCAGGUAAAAACAGUAUCUUAUAUAGUUUUUCUUUGCGAAUCGAAUGGUGUACUCAAAACAAUUAAAGAUGUGACAACUUUAGAAGAAGAACGCGAUUUUACUUUCCCGCCUUUAUUUUUGAAAAAAGCUUUGGAUCGGCCUACGGACAAAUGUUUACAGUAGCCGUGCACGCGAUGUUGCGGACGUCUCAUUAGACUCGCAUUUUGUGAGAAAUAACCGGCUAUCUGCUUCAAAUUAAGGGUUUCUACUCUGAAAAAAACGUUUAGUCAAACAAAAAACACACGCCGAUAAUAAAGGAAACACAAAAUAACGCUAUCCCAAUCGAAACCGAUGUAAAAAUCAUCAUUUUUCCCUACAGAAGCAUUUUUGCGAUCAAAGUUUACAAAUUAUACAUGAAUAGAAAGCUUUUUUGACAAAAAGAACUUUGGUGACAACAGAAAAAUUGAAAAUUGAAAGAAACGAAGAAAAAAGCGAAAAUCCGGAAGAUGGGAAAGCCUGUUGUCCAUAGAGCAACUUUACUGCAAAGUGCCCUUUUUGCGGGAACUCAAAGUUUCCUCUCUCCGACUUUGAAUUAUUUUUUCUCCAAAACUAGUAAGUUCGGUACGUUUUCAAAAUUACCGUUCGAUUCGCAAUGAAAAACUCUACAAAUUACUGCUCUGAACUGAAACACCGUUUUUUACUGCCCCUAUGCCUUUAACGACUUUCCUGAGUAAGAUUUCGAUUUUUUCAAUAUUAAAAAAUUUUCGAUCGAAACCUUUCCUCAGAUAUUUUUUUUUGUAUUUUUAGAUCUUGAGCGAGAUGUAUAAAUGAACCUCUUUUUUUACAGAUGGAAGUCCUCGUUGUGCUGCCCGAGGCCUUGCCGCGAUCCCACUCCCCUCUACGUUAACGGUCAAUGUCUCUCAAUUGCUCAUCGCGGCGACCCCUGCCAAAUCGACCAGCAGGUAAAGAAACUCCGCGCUCGUCGUAAAAUUCAAAUUUCCAGUGCGAAGGCGGCAUAACGAUGUCUUGCACUCUGGGAACUUGCCAGUGCAAAAUCGGUUUUCACGCGGUUAGUGGGCAAUCGUUCCUUCAUUCUUCUCUGUAAUCCACAACUCGAAUUUAUGAUCUGGAAAGUGUUCAUGUCCACGAGCUUUUUGAAAUAUUUUUCUAGAAGUCGUUGCUCCUUGAGCAAGCUUGAGAAAGGUCUGUUUUACAUUGGAUUCUGCAACCUUUGAGUGAGAACAAGGCAGCUAGGUGAUACACCGAUCGAUAUUCCUGCAGAUUCAGAUUACAAAAAAAACUUUAAAUUUGCAGAACGCACCUACUUCAAACUUGAAUACUUUUCAAGUCUAUCUUCAUCUGUUUUAAAAUUGAGUCCUUGAACAAAUCUCAAAAAAAUAAUCAAAACUGCAAGAAACAAUAAGCCGUCAGCCUGGAAAGUAAAAACAUAAUAACUUUAAGCGAACUUUCAAAAUUUUACUUUCUGAAGCGGAUCAAAGAAUAUAAUUAGUUCAGUCAUUAAGUCGCCUGAAGUGAGACCAAAAUUUCUUUAUUUCUCGAAAACUUCCCACAUGUAAUCUCCAGAAGUUGUUGAAAUUAUGAACAAAGUCUUUGAAUUUUCUCUAGGCAAGAGUUGAGUGUUCACUUAAAGACUCAUAUUUGAUGAAUAAAUUUGGCAAAUUUCGGUUUCAGCACAAUGACGAUCGUUUCCCGACAUGCAUCAAGGAUUGCUCUCUGGAAGAAGUUUCAAGCACAGACCGGUGUCUGGCCAAAGUAUUUAAAAAAUACAAAUAUUAAUUGGGAGAUAAAUUCAGACUCAACUGGGAAUGAGAUGUCUUUCCAACAAGCAAUGUCCUAGUUUCGCUGAAUGCCGGUUCGGAACUUGUCAAUGUCUCUGCGGCUACAAAAAAGUUCGAGUAAGAUUAAUUCGAGAAAAAAACAGGACAAACUUGGCUUUUUCAGGAUAAUUUGUUGGGAGUAAGGUGCACGAAUCCGGACGAUCCUCUCAGUUUGAGCACAAUCUUGGACGGAGUCGGCCAGUUUUUCGGCAACCGUCGCGGCAACUAA